UUUUGAUUUAUUAGCUGCUGCACAUCCCAUUUUGUUUUAAUGUGAUAUACAUAAAUAAAGUGAACUCUCAAGUUCAGCUAUUCGUUGGUAUUUCCUUGACGAGCUCUAAUUUUUCGGCGAAGAGUAAUAUAGCGUGUAUGUAGAUUUGAAAAAAUAAUUUUCUAUAUAUUAGGUGUUAGCCAAUAUGUAAGAAUAAAAUACCAAUUUUAAAUUUUCCGUGCUUAACCAGCACUCUAUCAAUCGAAAAAGUCGAUUCUUAUUUCGAAGUUCGAAUGUACUUCGAACCAUUUAAAAUACUCAGCAGCCCAUCAGCUGUUUCUUAUUACGGCAACGUUCGUUUGGCAGCAUUUAAAUCCCAAGCUCUGAAUAUUUAAUGCUUUCGAAUUAAAACCUUAAAAAUUUUAAAUUUUAAGUGUUCCCGCUAGGUACAAAGUAAUUCAAAUAAUCAUAUUAAUAAAAUACCAUUCCAACUAUCGAAAACAAGUGGAAAAUCAGCUGUUUUGUUUCGUUGGCAGUUAUCGAUAUGUCAUCAUUAGCGGAAUCCAAACAACACAAACAAAAACGGACACAUCGCAUCAAUGCUGAUUGCAUUCACUGCUAGUUCGCUGCCACGCUGCCAAAAUUAAAAGUUAUAAAUGCAAAAAACGGCGUACGCAUUCAGGGAUUCGGAAAACUCGCCACGCACAAUGCUUAUGCGUGACUGGCGUACCGCCUUGCGUACGCCAACCUAUCGAAUUGGCAAUCGCACCGUUCGCUUUAAUUAUCAUUUUGCAUUACUUGUGUUUUGUGCCGUGGUGCUAGUAUGGCUCUUUUUAUAUGCGCGACAAGGCAGUCGCAGUUCCUCCGAUGGAUAUUGGCUGCGCACCCAGUAUGCCAGUGAAGCCAGCUCUAUUCUCGCAAUACCAUACAAUUCAACGUAUCCACUGACACAGCCUUUGAGCGUGCAAGGCGGCGUUAUCAGCUAUCGUAUCGCUAUGAUAGCAGAUCUAGAUACCAGCUCUAAGGUUGUCAAAGCCGACGGCAGCACAACGUGGAGGAGCUAUCUGAAGAAGGGCUAUCUCACGUAUCUGCCAAAGAAGCAUGAGCUGCAAAUAAACUGGGAUUCUGGUGCACCAACAGUUCUGGAAUCAUCAUUUGCGUUGAAGGGACGUGGCAUGGAGCUCUCCGAGCUAGUCACUUUCAAUGGUAAACUGCUGAGUUUCGAUGACCGUACCGGGCUUAUUUACGAGCUGACCAAUGACAAGGCCAUACCCUGGGUAAUACUGCUCGAUGGCGAUGGUCACAAUGCCAAAGGCUUCAAAUCCGAGUGGGCGACAGUGAAGCAGCACACUUUGUAUGUAGGCUCCAUGGGCAAGGAGUGGACAACCAGCAUGGGUGACUUCGAGAAUAACAAUCCCAUGUAUGUCAAGGCUGUCAGCAUGGCAGGCGAAGUACACUCGUUAAACUGGGUGGAGAACUACAAGAAGCUGCGUCUGCAAUCGCUUCAGAUAAGCUGGCCCGGCUAUAUGACACACGAGAGCGUUGUCUGGUCACAGGUGCAUCAGCGCUGGUAUUUUCUGCCACGUCGCUGCUCAAAAGAAAAGUUAGUCAUGUAGACACGAUGUGGUUUGCGUGUGCGAGGGUCAGGGGUAGCUGGGAAAAGCCGGCGCCAUAGCCAAACAAGAUGUGGUUUUUUGCAGCAACCCCAACAGUAAAAUUGUAUUCUUAUCGAGCCAACAACUUUAAGCAUAGACCGUGGGGACGUGGGUCAGUUGUUUUUUAGCUGCCUGUUGACUGGACGGACAUGUGAAACACUUUUGUUUUAUCGUGAACGAUGAUACAUCAGCCAUCAAGUUGAUUAACUCACAUGGAAUGUGCCAAAGUGCCGAAAAUCAAAUUAAAUUGCCUUGAUGCGAGUAUUUGUGACAUAUCCAAGUGGGUUAUGA